GAGAGGAGCGCGCGCACAUCCGUGACGACAAGGCACCGUAUCCAAAAUCACGCACACGCAUUCAUGCGUUUGCUCAUCAUCUGUCUAAACAAACCAAGGAUGAGGGAACAGUCGUGCGGGUUCUGUUUUGUCAAUUUUCUUUUAUUCAUCAUCGCUCGACAAUGGGUGACCGCAAGCAGGGACUUGCGCCUGUGCAACGAGACAGAUUACUACUAUGAAUAUACAGAGUGUGACAGUACAGGGUCUCGCUGGAGGGUGGCCAUCCCCCACAACCUGGGCACCUGCUCAGGCCUGCCCACUCCCACCCGAGGAACUGACUGCUCGUUCUCAUGUGCGGCAGGCAAGUUUUUAGAGAUGUCCUCUCAGCAAUGUACGCCAUGUGCAGCCGGCUCCUAUUCGUUGGGUAGCGCUGUGCGUUUCGACCAAUGGGACGCCAUUCCUACAGGCUUCACCAGCCUGGCCACCUACAUGGACCCCGGACCCAAUGGAGAGGAGAGCCAGGCCUGUAAUAGCUCAUCGUGGACCCCGCAGGGUGUGUACCUGGAGUCCAGUCGAGAUGAGUGCACGGUGUCUCUGGUGUACGCUGUGCAUCUGGAGAAGCAGGGCUCCGUAUCCUUCAGUUACCAGUACCCCGACAACAACAUCUUCUUUGAGUUCUAUGUCCAGAACGAGCAGUGCCAGGAGAUGGCCCAGACAGAGGACCAGAAGUGGAUCAAACUCACCACCAACGGAGAAUGGGACAUGCACACGGUGAAUCUGAAAUCUGGCACUAACAUCCUGUACUGGAGGACAACAGGGAUCCUGGUUGGAGGGAAGAUGGUCAAACCAGUGCUGCUCAGGAACAUCCAGAUAGAGGGUGUUGCCUACACAUCAGAGUGUUUCCCCUGUCGACCUGGCUGGUUUAGCUCCGCCCCUGGCUCUUCCUCUUGCCAGCCCUGCCCCAGGAACACCUCAUCCAACAAGGGAGCUGCUUCGUGUACCCCCUGCCUGGACAUGCAGUACUCACAUGAGGGAUGGUCAGAGUGUAAGACUAGACCUCCAUGUUCAGAAAAAGAUUAUUUUCAGAUCCACACAGCUUGUGACAGCGAGGGAAAGACGCAGGUGAUGUACAGGUGGGUGGAGCCAAGGAUCUGUGAGGAGAAUGUGACCGGUGCUGUGGUGCUGCCCCCUACAGGGGAGAGAGAGGCAUGCCCGCCCUGUAACCCGGGUUACUAUAACACCAACGACUCCACCUGCUUCCCCUGUCCUCCUGGAACGCACUCUGACGGCACUUCAGUUUGUGAGGAGUGCCCAGCAGGAACAGAACCAGUGCUGGGAUAUGAGUAUAAAUGGUGGAACGUCCUUCCCUCCAACAUGAAGACUUCCUGCUUCAAUGUGGGCAACAACAAAUGCGAUGACAUGAACGGUUGGGAGGUGGCAGGGGACCACAUUCGCAGCGGCGCUGGAGGCUCGGAUAACGAUUACCUCAUCCUGAACCUGCAUGUUCCUGGCUUCAAGUUGCCAACUUCACUCGCUGGGAUGACGGGUAGUGAGUUUGGCCGGAUCACUUUUGUCUUCGAGACAAUCUGCUCUGCCGACUGUGAGCUCUACUUCAUGAUGGACAUGAAUAGGAAGAGCACCACAGUGGUGGAGUCAUGGGAGGGCAGUAAGGAGAGACAGUCCUACACGCACAUCAUGACCAGGAACGCAUCUGUAUCGUACACAUGGGCCUUCCAGAGGACCAACCAGGCUCAGGACGUGCGUCUGUACAUCGCUGAUGUGGUGAAGCUCUACUCCGUGACUGUGACCAACGUCCAGGAUGGCGUGGCGUCUGCGUGUCGAGCCUGCGCCCUGCUAUCCCAGAGUUCUCAGCGGUCGGGUUCGUCGUCAUGUAUUCCAUGCCCGGCCGGGUUCUACAUCGACCGAGAUACCAACCGCUGCCAGGAGUGCCCUCCCGACACCUACCUGUCUGGUCAUCACACCUACGGACAGGACGCCUGUCUGCCCUGCGGACCUGGGAGCAGAAGUAACCAGGAGCACUCUCGUUGCUACAGCGACUGCUCUUUCAGUCACAUGGAGAACAACCGUACCCUGACCUAUGACCUCAGUUCUCUGAGUGCUGUGGCCUCGCUCACCAAUGGCCCCAGCUUCACAUCCAAAGGCACCAAGUAUCUCCACGUCUUUAACAUCAGCCUCUGCGGACACCAGGGGAAGAUGGCGGCUGUCUGCACAGAUAAUGUCACCGAUCUGGCCAAUAAGGAUUUGACAGGUGACUCCCCCCAAUUCGUCAACUCCGUGGACAGCUUCAUCUGUCAAUCAACCAUCAUUCCUGCAGAUGGCCGGGGCUUCAGGACAGCCUUGGCAUCCCAGUCUAUCAGUCUGGCUGAUACUUACCUCGGAGCGACAGUGGACAGUGUUUUGGACGGAGUGAAGGCCAGACCAGAACUCUACCCUGACAACCCAAAAGGCACUCCAGACAUCAACUUCUUCUACAGGUCAACUCAGACGACGGCAUCGUGUGAGCGGGGUCGGAGUGCAGUCAUCACGAUACGCUGCAACCCAGAGAAAGCCGACCAUGGGCAACUAGCAGUGCCUAGUGCCUGCCCUGCAGGGACUUGCGAUGGCUGUACGUUUCACUUCCUGUGGGAGAGUGGGAGCGCCUGUCCACUCUGCACCCACGACGACUAUCAUCAGAUAGAAGGAGCCUGCAAAAGAGGGGUCCAGGAGACUCUGUCUGUAUGGAAUGAGCCAAAACUGUGCACCUCCGGUGUUUCCCUGCCGGCAAAGACCUCGGCUCCCUGCGAGGCCAUCGCUCUAUGGCUAAAGGUGGGGGUGGGAGGAGGGGCCUUCCUGGCUGUGCUGCUCGUCUCCCUUACCUGCUAUUUCUGGAAGAAAAAUAAGAGGCUUGAGUACAAGUACUCUCGGUUGGUGAUGUCCGCAAAUAAGGAGUGUGAGUUGCCGGCAGCCGACAGCUGUGCCCUGGCUGAAGGGGAGGAGCCUGAGGAUGAUGUCGUCUACUCCCACAAACCUUCACUGCUUGGCAAGCUCAGGGCGAUUGCUAACAAGCAGGGCGAAGGAGACAGCAGUGAGUCGGUCCAGCUGAAGUCAUCCCAGUCCGAGAGAUGGGUCUGGGGGUAACAAAACGCGUAAAGAGAGAGGGGAAAAAGAUGGAGAGUUGGUAUGGUUGGCACUGAGAUCCAGUCCUCUUUGUGUCUCCUGGGCCCUGCUUAUUCCUCGGAAUUCAUCUUGGUUCCAGCCUCUCCAGUUACCUCUGCAGGAUAUAUAUUACCAAGAUUCUGACUGAAACUGGAAAGUGGUUUGCCCCAUCGACCCUACCACAAAGGGGAAUAAAAACUCUAUGCCAUGGAUAUUGAAGGGCUGCAAAUGAAAAAAACUGUCACUGUUUUUGUAUAUUUUGUAACGUCAUUUGGAAUUUAUCUGUACAGUCAUGUCCAAAGUAUACUUAUUAAUGUUGUUAUAAUUUAUCUUUAUUAAAUUCUCACUUGGCUUUGUGGCCAUGUA